UCCAUGGUCUUUGCUGGUGAUACUGGCUAGAUCGAUGUGGGCGGGGUUUACAGGAGAGAACUUUAAUCAGUGAUAUCCUGCUGCAAAUUUACUACAAGAUCAGAGAGAGAGUAUCACCGUUCUUCACCAGGAUGAAGUCUAUCCAGCUUAUCUCCCUCCUCUGCCUCUUUUUACCCAUCGGUGAAACGCUGAAGUGCUACACCUGCAUCUUUCCAGCUCUGACACCGAGCGAUUGCCUGAAGUUCCCAAGGAUGUGUAUGCCCACGGAGACGUGCUUCAGCAGCAAAGCUGUUGGAAUGAAGGGACAGCAGAAGCUGGUGCUGUACGAGAAGGGCUGCGUGCCCACGUCUCUGUGCGGCAUCUGCGGGACCAAGACCGCCAUGGGCAUCAUGUUCUUCUACAACAACACCUGCUGCGACACGGACCUGUGCAACACGGGGGUGGCGGUCGGAGCACCCCCGUGCCUGGGCCUCGCGGGCCUGUUGUUCACCGUCCUGGGUCCUGCCCUCCUGUGAGACACAGGUUGGCGAGGCCUGAGCUGACCCCAGGGUACCUGAAAACCAGUGACCAACUUAGAGUCAAUCAGUAUUGAA